UGGAGCGUCCCAGCGCGGACCAGGAGUGAGCGGAGGCGGAGGAGAUGGCUUCCCAGCCGCCGCCUCCCCCGAAACCCUGGGAGACCCGCCGAAUUCCGGGGGCCGGGCCAGGACCAGGACCCGGCCCCACUUUCCAAUCUGCUGAUUUGGGUCCUAGUUUAUUGACAAGACCUGGACAACCAACACUUACCAGAGUGCCCCCACCUAUUCUUCCAAGGCCAUCACAGCAGACAGGAAGCAGCAAUGUGAAUACUUUCAGACCUGCUUACAGUUCAUUUUCUUCAGGAUAUGGUGCCUAUGGAAAUUCGUUUUAUGGAAGCUAUAGCCCUUAUAGUUAUGGAUAUAAUGGGUUGGGCUAUAACCGCCUCCGUGUAGAUGAUCUGCCACCCAGUAGAUUUGUUCAGCAAGCUGAAGAAAGCAGCAGAGGUGCAUUUCAGUCCAUUGAAAGUAUUGUGCAUGCAUUUGCCUCUGUCAGUAUGAUGAUGGAUGCUACCUUUUCAGCUGUCUAUAACAGUUUCAGGGCUGUAUUGGAUGUAGCAAAUCACUUUUCCCGAUUAAAAAUACAUUUCACAAAGGUUUUUUCAGCUUUUGCAUUAGUUAGGACUAUAAGGUAUCUCUACAGACGGUUACAGUGGAUGAUAGGUUUAAGAAGAGGCUCUGAGAAUGAGGACCUGUGGGCAGAAAGUGAAGGAACUGUGGCUUGCCUUGGUGCCGAGGACAAAGCAGCUAAUUCAGCCAAAUCUUGGCCAAUAUUCUUGUUCUUUGCUGUUAUCCUUGGUGGUCCUUACCUCAUCUGGAAACUUCUGUCUACCCAUAAUGAUGAAGUCACAGACAACACCAACUGGGCAAGUGGUGAGGAUGACCAUGUAGUUGCUAGAGCAGAAUAUGAUUUUGCUGCUGUGUCCGAAGAAGAAAUUUCUUUCCGUGCUGGUGAUAUGCUAAACUUAGCUCUCAAAGAACAGCAACCCAAAGUGCGUGGUUGGCUUCUGGCUAGUCUUGAUGGUCAAACAACAGGACUUAUACCUGCUAAUUAUGUCAAAAUUCUUGGUAAAAGAAGAGGUAGAAAAGCAAUGGAAUCCAGUAAAAUUUCCAAGCAGCAACAAUCUUUUACCAACACAACACUAAUUAAAGGAGCCACGGCUGCUGAUUCUUUGGAUGAACAGGAAGCUGCCUUUGAAUCUGUUUUUGUUGAGACUAAUAAGGUUCCAGUUGCACCUGAUUCCACUGGGAAAGGUGGAGAUAAACAAGAUCUUUGAUAUCUUUCAUGUUUGCCUGCAAUUGAACUAUACUUUUUAAAAAUUCCUUCUUACAAAGAAAUUAAUCUACAAUCCAAUGAACACAUUUGUUAAUGGCUAUUCCAGGUGUUUUGCUGCUAGAAAUUAUUAAAGUUGUACACUAGUAUGUUGGUCUAGUGACCUGGUUACAUUUUAUGAGUUCUUAGACCAUGAGGGUAUUUGUUUCACCUAGCUUUUAAGAUUAUGGAGACUGCUGUCAUUUUCAUCUUAUAUAAAAUCCUGUGUUUAUUGAAAGAAUAAGUUUAAUGAACUAUAGAAUACACUGUUUGCUACAGUAGGGGUCAUUAAUGCUUUUUAAAGUUAGAGAUUUGGAAUUGAUUUGGAAUCCUCAGAUAACGGGUGAUAACACACAAAUAUGAGAACAGGCAAAAGGCUAAUUUUUUUUUUAACAACUUUAAUUAAACUGAAUAAUAAAAAUUUUCUGAUCUGUGUUAUA